AGGAUUUCCGAUGGGGGAGAGACCUGUAUGUAAUCCUGUCAGCUCCUGCACACUGCUUUGUAUGGCUCUGCAUAGCAGAGCCAUACAAACCAAUGUGCUUACAAUGAAACAGACACACAGCCCCCACACAGUUAAGCCUUUGAUCAACCCAGAUGUUAACCCCUUCCUGCCCAGUGUUAUUAGUACAGUGUCAGUGCUUUUUGUUAGCACUGAUCACUGUAUUAGUGUCACUGGGGAUGUCAUUGACAGUUAUUCAGUUCCCCCCAGUGUCAGAAUGCCCGCCGUAGUCCUGCUAUAAGUCGCUGCUUGCCGCCAUUGCUAGUAUUAAAAAAAUUUCCAGUAUAUAUGCCGCCAUUUUUAAAUGCUAUAACUUUCACAUAAACCAAUUAAUUUA